GGAGGGGAGGGGGAGGGCAGGGGAGGGCAGGCCGAGAGGGAUCCGCUGCUCAUGUUCAUGCAAUUGUGGGAGCGGUGGAGGAGGGAGGAGGCGCAGACUUUGCGCGCUGUGCUGUGCUGCAGCUGCAGGCCACUGCCGCUGGCCUCUGCGGCCCAGUGCCGGUUCCCGUCGCGGGCAUUAAUUUACAGAUCUGCGCGAGUACAUUCGGGCUAUUAAAGGCAAGAACACAGUCCCGCGCACCUGAUCUGCAUCGGGGUGGCAGGAGGAGGUGGGGAUGCCUGCACGAUCCACGCAUGAAUGGCCAGCCAAAUCAAUAAACCUUUGAAGCCGUGAGCGUGAGCACCUGCGAAGUCACCUCGCAUCGCGGAGGGCUUUUUUUAAAAAGGAGGAAAAUUCGCCACGCAGGAGGAAAAGCUGCAGGAGCAGGAGCCUGGCAGCAGAGCCGACGACGGGAUACCGUAGCGUCCCUUGCUCGCUCGCUCGCUCGCCUGCCUGCUCGCUCUUCUGGAGCCUCACUUGUAUCGCUCAUUUCGUUUCUUGUUCCUUUGGCCUGCCAUCAUUUCUGCGCCUCGCUGUCCGACAGGCCCGGCAUUUGGAUUGUGACAGCCGGUUAAUAUGAUCGGAGGUACUGGUGGAUCGGGCCGCGAGCUGAGUUCGCCUCCCGCGGAUGGCAUAUCCAAUCUGCGGUUCUCCAAUCACAGCGAUCACCUUCUGGUUUCGUCUUGGGAUAAUAAGGUGAGGCUCUAUGAUGCUAGUUCCAACGUGUUGAAGGGGCAGUUUGCACAUAGAGGUCCUGUGUUGGAUUGCUGCUUUCAUGAUGAUGCCUCAGGCUUCAGCGCGGGUGCAGACAGGACUGUUAGAAGGUAUGACUUCAACACGGGAAGAGAAGAUAUCCUAGGAACACACGAUGCUCCGGUUAAAUGUGUAGAGUAUUCUCACACAACCGGGCAAGUUAUUUCUGGAAGCUGGGAUAAGACUUUGAGAUGUUGGGACGCACGGGCUGCUAGUGGACAGGAAACUUAUCCACAGCCAGAACGUGUAUAUUCUAUGUCCCUUGUCGGACACCACUUGGUAGUUGCUACAGCUGGGCGACACAUCAACGUUUAUGAUUUGCGAAACAUGUCUCAAGCUGAACAACGCCGUGAGUCAUCCCUGAAGUAUCAGACCAGAUGCGUCCGCUGCUAUCCCAAUGGAACAGGUUAUGCCCUCAGUUCUGUGGAAGGUCGUGUAGCAAUGGAAUUUUUUGAUCUAUCAGAAGCUGGUCAAGCCAAAAAGUAUGCCUUUAAAUGUCAUCGUAAAUCAGAGGCUGGACGAGACACCGUGUAUCCCGUCAACGCCAUCGCAUUUCAUCCAGUUUAUGGAACGUUUGCAACCGGUGGAUGUGAUGGCUAUGUCAAUGUAUGGGAUGGUAACAACAAAAAGCGACUUUAUCAGUAUUCGAGAUAUCCUACAAGUAUCGCUGCUCUUUCUUUUAGCAGAGAUGGAAGGCUGCUAGCUGUAGCCUCGAGCUACACGUUCGAAGAGGGCGAAAAGCCACACGAACCCGAUGCAAUAUUUGUCCGAAGUGUUAAUGAGGCAGAAGUCAAGCCUAAACCCAAGGCUUACGUGCAGACAUGAUGAUCGAAGUAAGAAAGUAUCCUCCUCCAAGAAUCUGGAAGAUUAGCAAUAGCCAUUGUAAAGAAGUUUUCAGCUCAGUUCUUAGCGGUAAGACUGUGUUGGCGGUUUGCGUGGGUUAUGAAAAUUCAUAAAUGAAAUGUUGAGGGGUGUUACUAGUUUAACGCAGAAUUCUGUACCAUGGCUUCCUCUGUCAUAUUCUGCGAUAUCGGACAUGUUUCCAAGCCAUGACUACGGAAAUCUGUCAAUGACUUAAGGCAGGGAGAAGUUUAGGACUUAGUGCUGUAGAACUCUAAGGAGCAGUCGUGGUUUAGUUGCCAAUUGUUAAGUCCGUUGAAGUUUGAAUAGCCCGUUAAAUCUUCAAUUAUUGCUUGUGGUACAGGCAGAGCGUCAGUCGUCAGAUGUCGCGUGUGGCUUGGAAUUGUGAUAGUAUCAUAUUCAGGCGGGUUGAAAAGCUUUUGAAUAAAAAGACAAUCGUGUUUGACCGCGACUUUGUAUGAAGUAUGUGGUUGCUGACUUGCAGGACUAAGGUAUGUCACUUCCCAGAAUCAAAUGUGGGCUUACGGUAAGUAAGUCUGACCUCCACCGGAUACAUUAAAUUAUUUGUGGAUAUAGUCGCGAAGAAUUCAUCUCUUGACGGAUUCUGCCUUAGUGAGGGCUACCAAGGACCCC